AACCAAAAACCAUUUAGGCAUGGAAGUAACUUUAUUAUUCAUGAAUACAAUUGAAGUUGAUAUCGGAUGUCUAUGAUUAUUUGAAAAUGUAUUUCAAGCGAAAUUUUAGAAGAUUUAUGAUUAGUUUUACAGAGUAUUGUUCUUAAGUGUAGUUCAUAUAUUAUAACGCAAGUAAAUAGAUUUGGAGUGUACGAAAAAUUGACUAUAAAUAUGACGUCCUCUGAACUGCUAGAAAUAGUUUGGUCUGAUGAAAGUUUGAAUUCUGUUUCACCAGAUCAUGAUCAUUUAUCUUUCUACGAAAGUCCUGCUGCUAGUCCAUAUAUUUCACAUCAUUAUGGAACUAUGUCAUCAUAUUUCAAACAACCUUAUAUGGACCAUCAUUUUCCGGAACUAAGCAAACCAUACCAGAAUAUGUGGAAGCUUGUUAGCAAACGUGAACUUUCACACAUCAUUACGAGGCUGAGGCGAAGUACACUUUCUUCUCGAACCAGACAGAAAAGACCACAAAGUGAACAUAUUGGCGAUCACGUCAAACAAGAGGAACAACGCAAAUUAUGCAUGACUCCAAAUGGGCCAAUAGAAUUUCGAAGCUUUCGCUGAGAUUUUAAUGCCUCAGUGUCGGUGCUUUUAAUUAUUUGCAAUAACAAUUAUUUUAAAUUAUUUAAACACUUGUGUUUGCCUGUUUUGUUAUCUAGUGAAAUAAAUCAUAAUUCAUUG